AUGGAGUCUUCCACCUCGGACCUCCAUCAGUAUCUCAAGCUGAUCCCUAAGCUUACCGGCAUCGAGAAUUACUCUCGGUGGCACCACGCCUUCAACAACUGGCUCAACAUGCUGGGCGGCACACUCGUCCGCACACAGCCCGAACCGUACCGCGUCCCCUUUGAAGACGCCGAAUUCCUCCACAUCUCCCGCGACGUCAUCCACCCACCAGACCAGCGUGCCGGUGACGCGCCGCCCACAGGACUCGCUAUCGCCAUCAACACUGCCCGUGAGGCAUCCAACAUUAAAGCUAAUCUACAAGGUGGGGAGAUCACCAAAUGGGAAAAGUGGGCCCGUAAACAGCGCGUCGCGCGCACCACCGUCAUGGCCACCAUAGACUACACGAUCGCACGUGACGUCGACCACCUAUGGAGUCUGGACGACGUCCUCAAUCACCUCGCAAAGCUUUACAAUCCGGACACGCCGCUGCGCUUGCGCAAUCUUAACGCCAAGAUCACCACCACCUUCCUUACCUCCGCCACUGCCGACAACAUGCGUAAGCAUGUCCUCGACUUCACUGCCGUGCUUCAUGAGCUUGCCGACAUCGGUCACCCUGUUAGCGAGCCCUCGAAGUGUCUCAACUUCCUUGAGUCACUUACACGGGUCCACCUUCUCUACUCGCAUAUGCGCACGGAGCUUGCCCUAGUCCCCACUCACGAGCGCGAAGAAUGGGCAGUAGUUUGUCGCGUCUAUGAGAUGUACAUCGCAACCCACGCCCUGCGCACUCCUUCCCUCGACAGCACCACAGCACCGACAUCCUCUCUCGCAGCUUCCAACCCGCACCAACCGAAGCAGUGGAUCCGCAACAAGCCAGACCCCACCAAAUAUUGUGACUAUCACAAGCGACCCGGACACGCCACUGUCGACUGCACCGACAAGGCCGCGGGACGCGAUCCAGAUCGCAAACGUGGGAAGAAGGACGCAGACCAUAAGCCGCCACAUCUCGCGAGCGCAGCCUCUGCACCUUCCCCUGCGCCAGCGACGCCUCUCCCUGACCUUUCUCUGUCCUAUCCUAUGGACCUCGUCGACGACCACUACAUCAACCUAGGCGCACUUGCGAUCGCGUCGUCGACGCCGGCACCCACGAGCCCCACCACCAAGCUCUACAUCGACAGUGGAGCUGGUGGUCACCUUAUCUCCAACCCCGCCUUCCUCUCUGACGCCAAACCCUGCAGCGUCAAGUUCUACCUCAGCAGCUCCCGCUACUACCUCAUGGCAAGGUACGUAGGUGUCAUCAGGCUCGGUGGCAUCCCCAUUCAGCCUGUCUAUUUCACGGAUGGCUCGACUGACAGCUUCCUCUCGGAACCCCGCCUUGUGGCAGCUGGCUGGGACGUCGAUCUCAAGGCCCUCACUCUCUCCCGAGAAGGCGUUGUCGUCACACUUACCUGUGACAACGUCGACGGCCGUCCAAUCGUCAAUGCCACCAGCAUCAACCGGCUGGCCGCCAGCAGCGAGCUCCUCCCCUCCUCCCUCACAUCGACCAGCACUCCUCAUCCCUCUGGUCCCACCAACCCCACUGCCGGCACGACCGGUCACACACUUCCUCCUGAGGAGCCCCUUCCCUCUCGCGCACUCCUCCUUCUUCACACACGCCUUGGUCACAUCGGCAAACCCCAACUUGUCGAACUAGCACGCCAUGGUCUCCUCGGCGACGAUUGGACUGCCUCCAAGAUUGAUGCAGACCCCUUCAACAUCUGCAAAUGUAAGGCCUGCCUUGAGACGAAGACCACCAAGAAUCCAAGCCCGGGAACGAGUCCCCGUGGCACCGCCUCUGGAGACUACAUGCACGUUGACCUGAAAGGCCCCUUCAUCACUUCCCGCCGGGGGAUGUGCCACUGGCUCCUCAUCUACACCGACCACACUGCCGUUCGCCUCGCCAUUCCUAUCCACGCCAAGACCGAAGCCCACGGUCUCAUCCAGACGUGGAUACGUCGCAUCGAGCGCCAGACCAACAUCCCCAUCGCCGUGGUGCGCAGCGACGGCGCCGGUGACUUCGGCAAGGACAUGGCUCGUGAGUUCUACAAUAGUCUCGGUAUCCUCCACGAAGUCACGGCACCCUAUGACCCAGCUCGCAACGGCGUUGCCGAACGCGGUAACCGCACCAUGUCCGAGAUGCUCCGCGCCAUGUUCUCCACGUCGGGUCUCCCACCAGAUCUUUGGUGCUACGGCAUUGAAUAUGCGUCGUUUAUCGCCAACUCCACCCGCAUUAACUCGGACGGCCGGACCCCCUGGCAAACUAUCACCCACCGCGUUCCCAAGCUCCUCUCCCUUCCUGCAUUCGGACAGGUCGUCUACGCUCACAUCCACGAAGCCUACAAGGAUCCCCUAGUCAAAGUCCUUGAUCCCGCUCCCCGAGCACCACGCACCACGCCAGCUACCCCGCGCGCCUUCCGCGCUCGCAUCCUUGGCGCCGACAUGGCCACCUUGGGCUGGAUCGUCCUCAUCGAACAGACGAACAAGAUUAUCACUGUUCGCGACGUUCGCCUUGCCCUCGCUGCAGGACUCGGUGACCCUCUCCCUCCCUUUGACGGCCCGCCGGACCUGCAAAAGCUCGCCAAACCCGUCAAGCCCACCACUCAUGACCCUGCCGUUGCGGCGCUUGCUUUCCUCGACAAGGACUCCGACGUCCAAAAGGCCAUCCGGGCGAUGGAUGCCGUCGACGACCCCUUCAUACAGCUUGCCGCAUCCACCGUCAACACCAUUCUCGAAAGCUCUCCCAUCACCUACCGACAGGCCAUCAAAGCUCCCGACGCCGAGCACUGGCAGGCAGCCAUGGCCGCGGAGACCGAGCAACUCUUCGCAACCGGCACCAUGGUCUUCUCCAACCUUCCCUCGGGCCGCCGAGCCAUACCGACUAAGUGGGUCUUCAAACCCAAGCGGGACGCCACGAACGUUCUGAUCAAGCGCAAGGCCCGCCUUUGCGUCCGCGGAGACGUCAUGACUUCCGACGACUACGACCGCACCUUCGCACCGACCGCCCGUCUCACCUCAGUCCGUGCUCUUGUCAUCCACGCCAUUAAGAACAACAUGGUCCUUCACCAGGCGGACGUCGAAGGUGCCUUCCUCAACGGCACUCUCGAGGAAGAGGUCUACAUCAAACCGCCUCCCGGCCUCACACUUCCGGAAGGAUACGACUGCCUUCGCCUCCACAAGGCGCUCUACGGGCUCAAACAGGCGCCUCGCGUGUGGUGGCAAACCGUUGUCGCCGUCCUUGCUGACAAGGGCUUCUACUCCACUCCCUCCGACAUAGGUCUUUUCCACCGCAGCCCCGCCGAGGGCGUCACAGGCGCCUGGCUUGCCCUCUACGUCGACGACUUCCUCUCGGCCACUCUCUCUCACUCCGAAGCUCUUGACAUCCUCGACAGUCUCCGCGCGCACUGGGCUAUCACUGAUCUUGGCGAGCCCAAGCAACUUCUCGGUAUGUCGCUUCAAAUCCACGCCGACAAGGUCGACAUCUCACAGACCAACUAUAUCGAACAGAUGGCGGAACGCUUCCAGGUCGACACUCGACGUUCCGGAAAAGCGGCUCCCCUCCCAACCACAGCCACACAGCUUCCUCCUUCUCCCCCCGCUCCUCCGCCGCUCCACGCCGAGUACCGUGAGAUGGUGGGUUCUAUUCUAUGGGUUGCGCGCUGCACCCGCCCUGACGUUGCCUUCGCGGCAGGCUUCCUCGGACGCUUCGCCCAUGCCCCGUCGGGGGAGCAUAUCGAACUGGCAAAGCGCGUCAUCGCCCAUCUUCUCUUCACCAAGGACUACGUUCUCCGCCUUGCUCCGGACGACGAUGCCCCGGACCUUGAGGCGUACUCCGACGCUGACCACGCCGGAGAUCGUCUCACUCGCCGUUCAACCACCGGCCACAUCCACUUUCUUUAUGGCUGCCCCGUCUCCUGGACCUCUCGCCGCCAGGCAACGUUAUCCAACUCCACGAUGGAGGCCGAAUACGUUGCCGCAGCCAGCUGCGUUCGCGAAACCAUCUGGCUCCGCUACCUCCUGACGGACCUCCUUCAUCCUCCCACCUCACCAACCACCCUUUACAUCGACAAUCUCGCUGCCAUACGCCUUUCACAGGAUGACUCCCACCACGAAAAGGCCAAGCACAUUGACAUCGCCAACCAUGUGGUGCGUGAGCGUGUUAAUAACGGCACAAUCAUUUGCAAGCCGGUCACCUCUGCCAACCAGCUGGCAGACAUUCUUACUAAGCCGCUUCCCGGUACUACCCACAACAAGGCCUCCGCCCUCCUCCACGUCGUCAAGCCUUGA